AUGGUAUCGAUUAUGGCCCAUGAGACCGCCAAAGCCAUUGAUGAACUUCUUCUAUUGUCUACUCAAAAGGAGUUUGUUGAUUUACAGACGGAGUUUAAUACUAUUGCAUUGACAAUUAUGGCCUCGAGUGCGUUUGGUAAAGGUUUUGAAACCAUAUCUAACGCAAAAGAAAUCGUGUGCCGAGCAUUUACUGAAGUAACCAAAGCCAUGGAAUAUCGGAUGUUGCAUAUGAUCGAUCGCAUUCCCAUCAUGGCACAAUUACCUUUCUGGCAGAAGCCUAUUCUAGACAAAGGCUGCCGUGAAAUUGCUGAAUUUGUCGAUCAGAUCAUUGCUGACCGUCGACAUGGUCGAUCGACUAGUCAAUGUUCGGGUUCUGAUAUUCUUGAUCUUCUUCUUUCUGCUGUCGAUGCUGAAGGAAAACCGUUCAGCGACCAAGAGAUCAAAGACCAAGCUUCGACUUUUGUAUUUGCUGGACACGAGACAACAGGCACUUUGAUGACAUGGGUCAUAUAUGUGUUAAUGACAAAUGAAGAAGUUUGGCGUGCUUGCCGAGACGAAGUCAACAGGGUACUUCCGAACGGUAUUGAGCCCACCUAUGAACACGUGAAUGAGCUUGUUGUCUGUGAGGCCGUUUUGCAAGAGACACUUCGUCUCUACCCACCUGCACCGUUAUUCGGACGUCAGUGUAUUCGUGAACACAUUAUCGGUAGUGGAUGUGAUCGUCAAUUGCGUAUUCCUGUCGGCACAACCAUUUUAGUCAACACCUAUGUGCUCCAUCGACGUGCUGACUUUUGGUCUCGAUCACUCGAAUUUGACUAUACUCGAUGGAUGCGUGAUCCCGUCACUGGUCAUAAACCGAAACUAGCUCAUCCUUUCUGUUAUUUACCAUUUGCGGCUGGACCACGCAACUGCAUCGGUCAGAAUUUCGCUUUACUUGAAACGAAAGUGAUGUUGGCUAUGCUCGUUCAACGAUGUGACUUUUCUCUCGAGCCCGACCAGAAAAUAGUGCCCGACGUACGCAUCACUCUGCGUCCUAAGGAUGGACUCCGAGCCAAAGUGAUUAAGCGCUCGUAA